AUGCCGCCGUUGAGUAGCCUAGAGGCGCCAAUUUCAGAAUAUAAAGAGGUUCAUGGUGGUGUGAUGCACUGCGCCUUGAGGACGCGAAGCCGUAACCCUCUAGAAUCUAGUCUGGACAUGCUGUUCUCGAGAAGCAUGUUUUUGUCACCUGGGGCUACGACGCAAAUAGAGCGUCAUAACCGGUUUGCAGCUCUCCGAAGGGCAAAACAACCUUUUCAGCAACGAGUGAAUCUCUCGAGUCGGCAACGUGAUGCCUUGGCGCCCGUUCGCAAAACACUCGUAGGCGGUCUGCGGCUGUACAAGCGCUGUAUUUCACCUGUCCUAGGACCUGCUUGCCGUUUCGUACCAAGCUGUAGUGACUACGCUGUACAGUCAUUAGAAGAGUUUGGUGUUGUGCGGGGUAUUUUGCUGGCGAUGUGGCGCAUCCUACGCUGUAACCCGCUUGGAGGCUCUGGCUACGAUCCGCCGCGUUGGCCACCGGUGCCGUACGGCCACGUUGGCGCCCUGCCGCCGACCGUUUCACCAGAAAACGAAACGCGCGAUGAUUCUUCAUGA